AGCAAGAUUAGCAACUUCAAUUUCUGGUCUGUUCCACACAAAAUCAUAUUGUAUAGUGCACAGUUCGUAUUGACUACAUUUAUUGUUCUUUUUGUACAUUUUGGAGCAGCUUGGACAAUCUGCAAAAGACAUUUUCUGGUCCACAGAAGAAAGAUUGCAUACUGGUGAGGAAUAACAUGAAGGUUUGGUUUGAGAGGUUGUUGCUAUGACUUGGCCCCUGCUGGAUGGUGGCAGCACUGGAUAACAUUGGGUAACUUUAAAGACAAGAAGAAAGACAAUCAUGCACAUCUGGGAUGCCAGGAGGAUUUAGAGCCUUAUUUCUCUGGACUACUGUAUGGACUUUUACAUGAUGAACUGUGAGUUAUUGGCCACAUGUAGUGCACUCGGUUUUCUGGAGGGAAACACCUACCACAAAGAACCAGACUGCCUUGAAAGUGUGAAGGAUCUGAUUCGUUAUCUGAGACAUGAGGAUGACACGAGAGACAUCAGACAGCAGCUGGGAGCAGGACAGAUUCUUCAGAAUGACCUCUUACCCAUCAUCACCCAACACACACAGGACAAACCACUCUUUGAUGCCUCCAUUAGGUUGAUGGUAAACUUGACUCAGCCAGCGCUGCUUUGCUUUGAAAAAGUUCCUGAUGAUCCGGCCUUCCGACAUCACUUCCUGCAAGUGACUUCAUAUCUUCAAGCUUAUAAAGAGGCGUUUGCUGACGAGAAGGUGUUUACAGUACUAAGUGAAACACUCUACAGUCUUCUGCAGCUGGACUGGGAGCAAAGAAACGAAGAAGAUAAUCUACUAAUUGAGAGAAUUUUGCUGCUCGUCAGAAAUGUGUUGCAUGUUCCUGCUGACCCAUGUGAGGAAAAGCAUGUGGAUGAUGAUGCUAGUAUUCAUGAUAAACUGCUGUGGGCCAUUCACAUGAGUGGACUGGAUGAUUUGCUCAAGUUUCUGGCGUGUGCUCAGAGUGAACAGCAGUGGAGCUUCCACAUCCUGGAAAUCAUCUCACUCAUGUUCAGAGAUCAGACAGCUGAGCUGUUGGUCAGUGCCGGACAGAUGCGUUCAGCACUGGAGAAACAGAAAGACAUGGUGGAGUUGGAGUUACUGCGACAGAAAGAGCUGGCAGAAAAACGCAGCCAUGCGAUACAGAGAGGAACCAGACACUCUCGCUUCCGUGGCUCGUAUGUCAUUCAAGGACUGAAGGCCAUUGGAGAGAAAGAUGUGAUUUUUCAUCAGGGACUUCACAACUUUAAGUAUUAUUCUCAUGACGUGGGUAAGGCUCUGAGACGUGUACCCAAACGCAAACUGAUUGCGCAGGAUUCCGAGGGUCAGCGGCGCUCCUCGUUAAACGUGCGUCUCUUUCUGCGUGAAUUCUGCAUUGACUUCCUGGAGAACUGCUACAAUCGACUCAUGUAUCUGGUGAAGGAGGGUUUGGUUCGUGAGCGGGCUCAACAGCAUGAUGAGACAUAUUAUCUGUGGGCUUUGACCUUCUUCAUGGCUUUCAACCGUGGUCAGAACUUCAGACCAGAUCUGGUGUCUGAGACCAUGUCUAUCCGCACCUUUCAUUUCAUUGAGAAGAAUAUCACCAACUAUUAUGAAAUGAUCCUCACUGACCGCAAAGAAGCCACAUCCUGGUCUCGCAGAAUGCACUUGGCUCUGAAGGCGUAUCAGGAGCUGCUGCUGACAGUGAAUGAGAUGGACCGCUCAAAAGAUGAAAACAUCCGCCACAGCGCCAAUGUCAUCAAGAGUAAUAUCUUCUAUAUGAUGGAGUUCAGGGAGAUUUUUCUGACUCUGUUGCGUAAAUUUAAUGAGCAGGUGCAGCCACGCUCUUUUCUCAGAGAUCUGGUGGAGUCCACGCAUCUGUUUCUCCGGAUGCUUGAGAGAUUCUGUAAGGGACGAAAUAAUCUGGUGGUUCAGAAAAAGCAUGUAAAACGAAGGAAACGGAGUCAUAAGACCCCUCAUCCAGAGACCACCCCUGAAGAUCUGGAGAACACAUGGCAGAUUGUUUCUGAAGAACUCCGAGCCACUGGAUUUCAGUUAUCAGAGAGUCUGAGGGAGGGCGCUGUGCCUUUUGAUGCAGCGUCUGAUACUCCGGUGACUAAGCAGAGAACUGAAGCUCUGAUCAGGAUUCAGGACUGCCUGAUGUCUCGAGCUGCACCUGAAGCUCUGAGUUUACUGCGUGCUGCACGGGCUGUUUGGCCUGAAGAAGACACAUUUGGAUCUGUGGAGGUCGAACCAGAGGAGGAUCUAGAACUACUAAAGCAGAUACUGUUCUCUAAACUACCCAGGUCAGUGCCUGUAGAUUCUACUGUGGUGGAAGAAGAGGAUGGAGUUGAGUUAGAAGAGGAGGAGGAGCUGGAGUCUGUUGCUCUGUCUGAGACGGAGUUCAGCUUCCUUGACUUCAUCAAGAGGUUUGCCAGCCCAAACAUUGUGCGUCCUUACAUCAUCCUGCUGCGUACGUACACUCAGAACUCAGCUCACACUAAUCACUGCAUUGCACGCAUGCUGCACAGAAUAGCUGUGGAUCUGAAGAUGGAGGCAUUACUGUAUCAGCUGUCUGCAUUCUGUCUGUUUAACAAGAUCCUGACAGAUCCCGCAGCAACCACUUAUCAGGAGCUUGUUACUUUUGCAAAGUUUGUUAUGAAUCGGUUCUUUGUGUUCGCUUCUAAAAACAACAAAGCAUUUGUGGAGCUGUUGUUCUGGAAAAAUGUGGCUGCUGUGAGAGAGAUGACAGAAGGGUACACUAAAGAUGGUGUGGGCUCCAAGAAAAAAGCCAAAUGGACACCUGAGGAAGAGGAAGAGCUUCAGCGCUUGUAUGAAGAGCACAAGGACUCUGAAGUGCCUGAUAUUGUUGAGACGUUGAUACCGUUGCUGAGCAACAGUCGUACAAGACGUGAGGUCGUGUCUCACAUGGUGUCCAUGGGUUUGGUGGACAGUGUGAAGGAUUUAAAAAAAGAGAGAAAAGGCACUCGGAUCGUUCUCUGGACUGAAGAACAGGAGCAGGAACUUCAGAUGCUCUUUGAGGAGUUCAGACAUUCUGAUGAUGUGUUGGGGAAUAUUCUGAAGCGGACCACAGCCAAACGAUCAAGAGCUCGUAUAAUACACAAGAUCCUCAGUAUGGGUCUGGUUUCUGACUGCAAGGACCUUUACAAGAAGAGACGACGUAGGGCUCCUGGCAAGAGUGCAGGAAUGACAGAGGAUGAGUUCUUUGCUCUGACUAGAAAGUCACAGGACGGUGACAUGGAAAGAGAUGAGGAAGAGGACGAUGAGUCUGAUGAUGAUGACAGUGAGGUGCACACUGGCUUAUCUAGAGAAGAAAAGAAGAGCAAAGAUGGAGCUGGUGCUCCAGAGAGAAACCGCAACCUGAGUGUCAUGGCUCAGUCUCUACGAGAACAGGGUCUAUCCGGACCUGUUCUGUGGCUGCAGAACUCACUCAAUAGAACAGCUGAUGAUCGUGAGGAGGACGGUGUUUCUCAUCCUGUGGCACUGGUUCCUCUGACAGAGGAGAACGAGGACGCUAUGGAAAACAAGGCGUUCCAAAAACUUCUAUGUAAAGUUGGUGUCCAAGCACCAGCAGAUGAGCAGGAGUCUUUCUGGAGGAUUCCGUCUGGUCUCAGUGUGUCUCAGCUGAGGACUCUAGCAGCAUCUCUAGACUUGGUUGAGCAGACAUCAGCUGAAUGUGAUAAUGAGAACAGUGGAGCUGUAGAGAUGCUGGAGGAUGAAGAUAAUCAAGAGCUGAGAGCUCAAGCACUGAGAGCCCUUCUGCUGUCACGACACAGGAAAAACACCCCUGCUAAUGCAAACCGUUCUGCAUCCUUUGAGGGCAGUUCUGAUGCUGUGGAGCAAAGUGAUCAGAUUGAGGGCAAGAGCUCUAAGAAGAGAAGCAGAGUAUUGGACAGUGAUGAUGAUGAUGAUGAUGAUGAUCACAGAGAUAUUACAGAUGGAGACUCUUCAUCCAGGAUUAUCUCUGAAAGUGGUGUCCAUUCAGACAGCAAGGCUCCUGCUGCUCCAGCCAAACGCAGAUAUAAAAGAGUGCUCAGUGAUGAAGAGGAUGAAGAUAACUAGAAAUUAAAGCUAAAUUAAUUUACAACAAGAAAUUCAUUUGAAGCUAAACAAACAGGAUUUGUAAGAACUUUUGGCUUGAAGAAUUGUUCCUCAGACUCCUUGAUUGUACUUUAUAGAAGAUGGGUUUUGAUAAUGUCCUUUUUUUUUUUUUAUUCUUUUACUUUUAAAUGUGGAAACAUUCCUCAAUCGACUGUUUGGCCAUAUUAAAAUAUUUUUUUUGAAAACCAAUACAGUCUUCCAAUGCAAAGUUAAUUUUCUAAAGCUUGUUUUAUGUGCGUUUUGGUCUAGGACAUUGAAACACAAACAUUGUUUUUGAAAAUGUUUAAAAUGAUGACAAUGACAACAGUUGAUGUUUAUCUGAUAUGGCAAAUAAAAGUUUCAAUGCAUAUGGUCAUUUUCAAUGUGCACUACCUCAGCUUUAUAGGCUCGAUGUUCAUAGGGGUCACAUGACAAAAGGUUUUUAUUCAAGAUUACAUUUUGUAAUUGAGGUAACUACAGUUAGCAGUAAUAAAAACAAAUUUACUCAUUGUCGCAUAGUGUUUUGUCUUUUCAUUUUCAAGUCAUUUUUAUUUGAAUAGCUCUUCACAACACCGUUUCAAAGCAGCUUUAUAGAAAAUGAUGCUGUAACAGGAAUUGUAUCUGUUAUAUCUGAAAGUCUGUGUGGUUCAAAAUAAUUAUGAGAUUGAAAAAGCAUGCUUUAAAAAUAAUAGUUUGGCCCCCAGUGAGCAAGCCAGAGGUGACCGUGGCAAUGAACAUACAACUUAAGAUGUUAGUUUAUGGAGAAAAUUGCCUUGGGGAAACCAGGUUCACUAAGGGAGUUAUUAGUUAUCUUUGUUUAAUACAAGCCAUGGCUUAAAUUAUUAAAUUGAGUAGAUGUGGAUGGCCAGUGUUUAUUUUUUUAAUGAAAUGUAAAAUGACUAGAUAUCUUUUAAGUCCAUUCUGAAUUUACUGCGGAAGGGCAUGUAGAAGUACUGUCCUUUAUUUUGCUGAUGAAGGCCUUGGCGUUCCUCAGGGAUCCAUUCUGGGGCCAAUUCUUUUUAAUUUGUAUAUGCUCCCUCUUGGAAAUAUUAUUAGGAGACAUAAUAUUUUGUUUCAUUUUUACGCUGAUGAUACACAACUUUAUCUGCCUUUGAAAUCAGGUGAUUCUGUUCAACACCUCUUGGAAUGUAUUGAAGACAUAAAGUGGUUAUCGAGUAACUUUCUCCAGCUAAACAGUGAUAAGACUGAAAUGAUUAUUUUUGGUUCUGCUGAAUCUAGAAGCGCUCUUGCUAACAAGCUUGGCCAACACUUCCACCAUGUGAACUCGCAUGUGAGGAAUCUUGGUGUCAUUAUAGAUUCUGACUUGGGCUUAGUCCGACAAAUAAAUUCAGUAUUGAAAAAUAGUUUUUAUCAGUUACGAAUGAUUUCUAAUUUUAAAUCAGUUUUAUCUUUUCAAGACCUGGAGACUGUUAUUCAUGCUUUUAUCACCUCUCGAUUGGAUUAUUGUAAUUCUCUUUAUGUUGGUCUUCCUCAAUCCUCUCUUUUCCGUCUUCAACUGGUUCAAAAUGCUGCAGCCAGAUUUUUGACAUCAUCUAAAAAAAGGGAUCAUAUUACACCAAUCCUGGACUCGCUGCACUGGCUUCCUGUUUAUUUUAGGAUUCAAUUUAAAAUACUGUUGUUUGUUUUUAAGGCUCUUAAUAACCAGGCCCCGUCAUAUAUUAGGGAUUUCAUACAGCCAUACUUACCAACUAGGUCUUUAAGAUCUGAAGACAAAAUGUUAUUGCAUAUUCCUCGGUCACGUUGUAUACGCAAGGGUGAUAGAGCAUUUGCAGUUGCUGCCCCUAGGCUAUGGAAUCAGCUACCGCUUGACAUUAGACAAGCUUCAUCACUGUCUACUUUUAAACGUAGGCUUAAAACGCAUUUUUAUUCUUUAGCGUUUUGCAGUAUUAAAUGAGAUUGUCUUUUUAUUUAUUUAUUUUAUGACGUGUUUGUUUUAUAAAUGUAUUGUAUAUUCAUCUGUACUUGAUGCGUUUGUUUUAUUUUAAUGUAUUGUAUAUUCAUCUGUACAGCGCUUCGGUCAGCUUUGCUGUGUUUGAGUGUGCUUUAGAAAUAAAUUUUACUUACGUACAAAAGUGCUGCUGGUUUUACCUUUCAUCAGUUGUUUGUUUUUCCCACGUACAUUGCUGGUUUUGUGAAGUCGCACCAGCACAACUCUUCAAUAAUUUUUACAACUUAAGACCCAUGGCUGAGGAAAACAUCCCAAUUUAGGAACACAGAAACUCAAAGAAAGUUAGGACAGACUCCAUUUUCUUUUUCGAGAUUGAAAUAAUAAGCGUUUGUGUUUUUUUAAUUUUUUUUAUCUGUAAAAUCUGUAACAUUUUAAAUUGGAAAUUUCAAUUGUAUACUGAGAAAGAGUCUAAAAUGUAAAACUGGUGUAACAGGGUUAAAAAGGUGUUUCCACUUGCCUUGUCUAUUAUAAGUGUAUGUGCCUUUAAUUAUAAUCGACCCGCACUAUCUCUGUUCAUUGGCUGGUGUCUUGUUGAGAACUGGUUCCGGUUAGGUCAUUAAUUUUCGAGCCAGUCAAGAGAGUGUUUGUGGUGGGUGAGUGCUCUGCGAAAAUGUAUUUUAUUUUUAUUGCUGUUCUUAUAUUUUUACAUGUAUGAGAAGGUAUUUGGCUUUCUUGCUGCCAAAUCAUAUUGUAAUUGUUAAUGUGCACCCUUCAUUACAGAACCUUUAAGAAUGCUGUGAAACUGAUCACCACAUUUGAAUGUGUUUUAACAGGUACAGGUUAUACUAUAUACUUCUGUAUUUUGCAUAUCGUUUUGUAUAUAUUCGCUGAAAAUG